AUGAGCAUGCUCGCUUGUCCUUUCGUCUCAUUCCCCAUCCAUGUCACUAGCAUGAACGUUCUCGAUUACAUAUUCUUCCCUGUAUUGGCAAUCUUGGCAUUGUGUGCCGACGCAGUGUGCCUGCUUCUGAAAUGCAUCUGCUGUCCGAGACAGGUUGCCAUGACCGUUGCCGUAGUCAUCACAGGCUGUGGAGCGAUUGUUUUAGCGUGUUUCGGACUUGCCUCUACAUAUCGAUGGGUCACACACUUAACAGCAGUUUACACUGCUGAAGUGUUACCGCCCACCCUAAUCACAGUAUCCCCUCUUGAACUCCAUCUCACUGUUGAGUUUAACUUGUGUUCCAUAGCAUUCAGUACAGCACAGUGCAUGCUGAUGGUGUGUCUGCUCUGUUUGAUGUUUUGCUUGAGAACGAUAGUCGAGCUCAGCGCCAGACCCUUCUUCCUUGGAGUUUCUCUUUCCGUCGCUGGCUUCUGCUUCUGGUUCAAGAGAUUUGUAGGCGCCUAAGCUGUGAGGGCACCGGUGGAAACACCAUCCUAGGCCCUUCCCAAGGGGGCCAGGGAGCCUACUGUCGGAGCCGCGGGCGAUAGCAGCAAUAGCAGGAGCAGCGAGG